CGGAAACCACUUCAGAAGUUGACAGGAUGUCGAGCUAAAUUAGAGCGGGGCUUUCACUACCGGUAGUGCUGUGUGACAGAAAGGAGGGGCAUAUCACGUCUCCACUUCUGACUAGCUGUUGCUGAUCAGUGGAGGCCAACCUUCCGGCCAGAUCCGAGCCUUCCCUCCACUCAGCGCGCAGCGUUGGCUAGCUCGACCCCAAAUGCAGGAUGCGAGACACGGCACAUUUCUAGCAGACAGUUUAUCUUGAACCAUCAAAGUCUCUGUGGCGCCCUUGUGAUGCAACCUGCUUGCGAACGGGGUGGAGCGGGGUCUGGAUCCCCAUUAUUUGCGAUUAUUGAUUUAUGGCUUUACUUCCUGGGUCUGCCUCCCGUCUUCGACUUUGGGACGCGAGGAGAUUAUUCGGAUUAUUCGGAUUGAGAAUGUGGUGUGUGGCGGUGGGAUGGAGGGCUUGGCUCUUGCGCAAGAGGGGCAAGGAGCUCGAGAACCCGCAACUGGGCUCACGGCUCUGGGUAGGGAUAUCGAACACGGGAAACGGGCUUCUAGGGGUCCAUUUGGGGUGACAGAAGCCGCGGAAAGGAACAAACAAUUCGGAUUGUUUGUGUGAUCAGGGAGUACAUGAUCGUUCCAGAUUCCCAGAUCUUGGGGUGUGCAGAUCACUUGGUACAGUAUCGCGAAGUGGUGGAUAGUAUGCCCCCUGCGGCUUGGCCCCAUCGUCUGCAAGUUUGUCACAAGUCUGGGCUGGGUUCUUCGAAUGAGUUUGAUGUAAGGGCAGGGACGCUACAAAGUAGUGCACGGCAAGUGUGAACUAGAGUGUUCAACGACUCACGCAGAAGUUGUCACAAUUUCUUGAUGUACUCUAGGAAGUAUUAAUAUUGAGACGGGCUGGCGCUUUUGUCCAACCACUUUGCUUUUUCCUGCUGGAGCAAU